AGUCGAGUAUCAUAUUUGGAACUUUCGUUUUAUAAGUUCCAUUGUAAUGAUGAUUUAUUUAUAUUUUUGUAAAACUAGAACACAUUGUAGAAUGUUUCGCUAUUGAAAACCUCCCAAACAAAGAGCCUUUCUUUACAACCGGCCGCAUUUCUGCGGACUCCUUUAGAUGCUAGGACGCACUGCAGCUGGCGUAUCUUAUUAGCUCCGCUAGAGGUCGCUGGGCGUGACGUCACUAAACGCGGCUCAUUCAACUCGCAGAAGGCGUACGAGUAUGUAGCUUGUGUCUGUUCUAAACGAUGGGAUGUUAGUGAUGGUUGAUUUUUCGUACAUUUUGAACGGAUUUUACGUGUUGUUGGUGUACAAUUAGACGCUGAUGUAGCCCGCUUCAUGAUAUAUUCGACUGUGUGUAGCUGGAAGUGUUUACUCCAUCAAGUGGCAGUGAAGGAAUGGAAAAUUGUAUGAAGCGGAGAGAGAUAACGUCCAGUGAGAGUUUAGACAAGGCGAGUUUUGAGCGCGGCCUCAUCAGCCCGUACAAGCGACUCAAAGUGGCCGAUCUGCCGACGGCUCUCCGGUCCGAAGAAGUCUACCCCGUCCAGGUGCAUUACACCAGCGAACAUGCCAGUCUCGAGUCGAGCAAGGGCAAGAAGAAAAAAGUCCUGCAGAGUCGGGGUCAGUUGAAAAUAUCGGCGUAUAUGAAUUUUGGUCUUCUAACUGUUCAUGUCGUCCAAGGCCGUCACCUGUCGUCUAACUGGAAACCACUGUGUGAUGCCUAUGCAAAGAUGUCUCUUGUUCCCGAUGAUACGCGACGAACACGAUGCAAGACUGGGAUCGUCAUGGAUUCCAACAAUCCACACUUUGACGAGAAAUUCUCUUUUGAGUUGCUAGAAGAAGACCAUCACAAACGACUGCUGGUUUCAGUGUGGCACAAAGAUGAGUCAGGAACUCUCAGUGAGUUUCUUGGCUGUAUGUCGUUCGGUGUCAAACAUCUCAUGAAUCCCAACAAGGAGGUGAAUGGCUGGUACUACUUACUCACAGAAGACGUUGGACGUAAGAAACAUCUCCAGGUGUCCAACAAACUCAAGUCCACUGCUGCGCUUAAAGCUAGAAAUCACCCCAACAUACCUGUCAUUAACAAGGAUGUUCUGGGAAUGGAGCCAGUCGUGGUUCAGAUGUACCGUGGAAAGAAUGGCUACGGUUUCUCUGUGGUUGAUUCAUUCCCCGUGAAGGUGGGGCGUGUUGAUGACGCCUCCCCCGCCAAGAUGGGGGGACUGAAGAAAGGCGACUACAUCAUCAAGGUCAAUGGACAGAAUGUGUCGCGGUCGACCUGCGUCAGUGUCGCCAAACUCGUCAAGAGAAGUGGAACCAAGCUGGUUCUUGAUGUUCAACGUCAGAAAGAGGUCUCCAUCGAGACGUUUGACAAGUCGCCAUGGAAACCAUCGGCCCCGAUCUACGAGUCGAUCCACAACAACUCUGAGGACGAUCACGAUUCGUCUGACGGUGAUGUUGAGGAGACCAAGGAGAACUCUUGUAUCUCCGUUGAUGAAGACCCGACCGGGGAGCAAGAGUACACAUUCUCCCUGGAUGGACUCCCCACCAGCACCCCCCUACCCCUCCUGCUGCACAAGGGUCACAGGACGGCGUACACCGGGUUCACGGAACAGAAGAAACAGGAAGCUGUCCACCGUCUGCUCAGUCUGGAGCUCGACCUGAUUGACUUCAUGCACGCGGGCAUGCAGCGCUACUCGCGGCCACUCCGACACUGCAUCCUGUCGGCACAGCAACACAAGGUGCUCUUCCAGAACAUCGAGAAGCUGGUGACGUUCUCGGAGUACCACAUCAAACAGAUGCAGGACAACAUGCCAUCUGCCUACUCGGACACCGACACGUCUCAGUCGACGGACGGCAGCACCAACCUGAUAACCGCGGUGGGGCUCAUCUACCAGUCGAAGGUCCACAUGCUGUGUCAGGCCUACGAGACGUACGCUGCGGGACUCGCAGAUGCAAACGCCCUGCUCAGCGAGCAGAAGAAGAACCAGGACUUCAUGAGAUUCGUCAAGGAGCCGAAGCUGGAGGCGGGUCAGCCAUCGAUCAGUGCGUUCAUGUACCGGCCGAUCCAGCACAUCAAGGAGCUGUUCCAGGUGCUGCAGGAGAUCUACAGCAACACACAGUCCGAUGGCGCCGACCACUUCACUCUCACGCAGGUCGUCGAUGGAAUGCGUAGCUGUGUGAACAACAUCACAAACAGCGGGUGUUGCCGCGUGGCGAGCCUGACGUCACUGUCAUCACAGAGUAAGAGCAGCAGCAAGGGCUGCAGCAUGAAGAUUGGUUCAUCAUCGUCGGCGUCAUCGAGUGGUGGCAGCAGUACAUCAUCCCACCAGCCAACCAUACCGACGUCACGGUCCAUGGACACGAUACGCUCCGUCGACUCCGAGGUGAUGAGGAUUCAAGACCGACUCGUCUUCUCGCAAAAUAUACCUGUGUUUCAGCUGUGCCAAGAGGAGCGCCACCUGAUCUACCGGGGGGAGAUGUUCAAGUGGGCAGGGCACCAGUGGAUCAAGUGUCACAUGCUGCUCUUCUCGGAUGUGAUGCUGGAGGUGGACGUGGAGCGUGACCACUACCUGCAUGUCUCCAGCGAACCCAUGUUCCUCCGCGAGAUCUGCGGCAUCGAGACCCAACGCAAACACGCCACAGAAUUUGUCCUGCACACGUGUCCCAAGAGUCCAUGCACUGGAAUCCCCGUCCAGCGCCGCAUCACAUACCGUGCACCCAGCUCCGAGGAGAAGUGCACAUGGAAGAGUCUACUUGAGCAGAGGGUGAGCUCCAUCAAGGGAUCACUUGAGUACUUCAGCUCCAGCGAGAUCUCCACAUGCGGAGUCAUCAUCUAAUCAUCAUCAUCGGAAAUCAAGUCAUCAUUAAACCUGUCAUGACAUCAUCAUCAUCGGAAAUCAAGUCAUCACAUAUUCAUCUUUAUUCAGUCAUCAUCUGAAUAUUCAUCAUCAUUAUCUAAAUUGUCAUCAUCUCAUCUGGGUAUUGCCAUUAUCUAGUGAUUACCAUCAUUCAAGUACUGAUAACAUGAGGAUAUUAAAGCUCAUUGUCAUCAUCUCAUCUGGGUAUUGCCAUUAUCUAGUGAUUACCAUCAUUCAAGUACUGAUAACAUGAGGAUAUUAAAGCUCAUUGUCAUCAUCAUCAUCAUCAUCCAUUGAUCAUUAUCAUCUGACCUAUCUUGAUUAUCCAAGCAGUCAUAAUUAACCAUUGCCGUGCUGGUAAUAUCAUCAUCGUCGUCAUCACCAUUAUCAUCCUUAUCAUUACCACCAUCAUCAUCAUCACCAUGAUCUGAUUGCUGUGUAAAGAUCACUGAUGUCUAAUCCACAUCUUACCAUUGUCUCAUCAUAGUGAUCGUCUCAUGAGUGAGUUCUAUCUGUAUGUGUUCAAACAGUCACUGUGACAUCUACGGAUAUGAUGGUUGUUAUUGCGUGUGCAUCUUUAAGACAUAAUAUGAUGAUGUUACGUGCACCGGCCAGUGAACCACUGAAAACUUUCUACGACAAGUGGUGUAAACGUUUUCAAUAUAAUUACUGAUGUUGUUACACACAAAAAAGAGAUGCUCUUGACAGUAUGACUUGUGUUGUUGCUCAGUUAACUAUGUCACACACAAAACAUAGUUUCUCGUGUUGUUGUUAAGCGUUUUGGCAUGUACUCUUUGAGCGGAAUAUCAAAAUGACAUGCAGGUUUUCUUGCUGAAAACUGACAAUGAAUUUGUUUUUUAAUUAUUAGUGCUGAGGGAGAGUUUCUUUCUUUUUUUAAUGUAUUGACAGACUGUCCAAGUUGUGAAGCAAGACGGGCCAGCCUGUACAUGUAGUUGUCUCCCUUUAAUUGUAAAUACUUGUACAUAGACCUAUCAUUACUCCAUGGAAUAUCCCCCUCUUUCACUUGUUCACUUUCUGUCUCUCUUCUCUUAACUGUCUGUUGCCUUGAGGGCCUCUUGUAAAUAUUGCAUUGUGGGCAGACAUCACACCAUACAACACAGUGUUGCUACAUGCACCAGAGAAACGUUAUAUAGAACACACAGUAAUUGUUUCUCUGUCUUUGUUAGUCUACAUACAUAAAAAUGGAAACCGCGCCACACAAAUUGCAAGUGCUAUGUUGCAUUGUCAUUGUUAGUAUGUUGUAUGCAUGUUGUUGGUACAUACACUGUAUGUACAUGUUUCUGUGUGUAAAUAAUAGUAUAGGUUUCUUCUUUUGUACAUUUGAUCAUCUUUAUUUAUGUCUAUAAAUGAAAUAAAAUCUGGAAAAACA